AUUUUACUUUUGGACCACGAAAUGUCUGAAGUGGUUUUAAACUGCAAAUAAAACCACAUCGUAUUUAAAGUUUUGUUACGGCUUCAGAGGGAGACCGGACGAGUGUCCGAUCAAUCAAUAACCACAUUGAUUUCUUUAUUUAACAGAUAAUAUGAAAUUAAACGGAGACUUAAGGCAAAUUAUAAAUAUGAUACUUCAGUUAUUUUAUUAUUGUGUGAUAAUAAACUUUUCAAAACGACUUACUAAUUAUUUUAUCAGUUCCUAUAUAUUUAUCAUUUAUUUUAAGAUUGAAGAAGUUUCCAUUUAGAUUAUACACAUGUUUUACCUUGCAAAGCAUGCUCUCAAGAAAUUAUAAAGAUGUAUAAAUACAUUGUAAAAAGUUUGCAACUACACAUUUAGAGUUUGUGCCUUUUUAUUUUAUGCUUUUUUUGGUCUCUUUAUUCUCUGUACAUGUGCAGUUGUUGAAUAAAGAUAAAUAUUGUUUUAAAGUCAAAACUGUCUGUUAAAUCCUUCAAACUAAUAUCGAGACGUAUAUAAAUAAAAGUUACGAGCAUGUUUCUUUUUUCACUUUCUACGUCGAGCGAACACCGUGCGGUUUGCGCAUGCGCGUGGACGUAUCAACGGUGGGAUGUGUAGCGGGUCUGCGCAUGCGCCUGAGUGUGUCCGCGGACGCGUCGCGAGCCGGCGGAGCCGCGAUGGCAGAGCAGCAGCCGAGCAGAGCGGAGUGAGGACUCGGCGGGGAUGGCGGACAAACCUCUGCCGCUGUUCGUGAAGCUGUUCGCCGCCGGAUUUUACGGCGUGAGCUCGUUUCUCAUCGUCGUGGUGAACAAAAGUGUCCUCACGAACUACAGGUUCCCGUCCUCGAUAUGUGUCGGCAUCGGACAAAUGCUGGCCACAGUGGUCGUGCUGUGGGUGGGCAAGGCUGCGAGGGUGAUCACCUUCCCUGACUGUGACGAGAGCAUACCUCGCAAGACGUUUCCGCUGCCGCUCCUCUAUGUGGGGAAUCAAAUCACUGGUCUGCUGGGAACCAAAAAGCUGAACCUGCCGAUGUUCACCGUCCUCCGGCGGUUCUCCAUCUUGUUCACGAUGCUGGCCGAAGUUCUCCUGCUCAAGAAGAAGUUCUCCCGGCCGGUGCAGCUGACGGUAUUUACGAUGAUCCUCGGGGCGUUCAUCGCCGCCAGUGCCGACCUGUCGUUCGACCUUCAGGGCUACGCCGUCAUCCUCGUGAACGACGUGCUGACGGCGGCCAACGGCGCCUACGUCAAACAGAAACUGGACGCCAAGGAGCUGGGUAAAUACGGAGUGCUGUACUACAACGCGUUGUUCAUGAUCCUCCCCACCGUGCUGCUGGCGCACGUCACCGGAGACAUGCAGAAGGCGGUGGAGUACGACGGCUGGUCAGACAUGUUCUUCCUCGCCCUCUUCAUCCUCUCUUGCAUCAUGGGGUUCGUUCUGAUGUAUUCCACCGUGCUCUGCACUCAGUACAACUCGGCGCUGACCACCACCAUCGUGGGCUGCAUCAAGAACGUUCUGGUGACCUACAUCGGGAUGGUGUUCAGCGGAGACUACAUCUUCUCCUGGACCAACUUCAUCGGGCUGAACAUCAGCAUUGCCGGCAGCCUGGUGUACUCCUACAUCACCCUCACAGAGGAGCAGUCCAUCAAAGCGAGCGAGAACACCAAGCUGGACAUCAAGGGCAAGGUGGUGGUGUGAGACUCACUCCACUCACUACUUUUAUUUAUGCAGUAUUUUUGGGGGGGGCGCGUUACCCUGAAUCCCCUGCAGGGGGAUUGUUUUUAUUUUUUUAAAUGAAAGUAUUUUCAUACUGUACAUGUGAGCAUCACGAAGAAGGGAAACAAUAAUAUUUAUGUGACGACAUUGACUAAACGUUUGGGACGACGUAAUGUCUCCUGCACGCGGGAGCUGGAAAUAUCCGUUAUUUAAAGGGACAGUACGGCCCGUUUGGAGGGACCUCUGUGUUUUUAAAGAGAGCUCGGAUAACGUCUUCUCACAGCUGGUCAAAGAGGAGAAGAUAUUCUAAAUAUAACUGAGCCGGGUCUAAAAUACUUUCACUUGUAUGAAAAGUACUUCAAAACAACCGCGCUGUCCCUUUAAGAAGCUGUGUGCUCCGACGAGUCACGGGACAAUAGCACCGUGGUUAUUUUAAAGGCACAGUCCUUAUUUUAUUUAGUUGUAUUGCCUUUAUUUUGCUGUUUACGAGGAAUGUACCUUUUCUUUAGACGCCUUCGCACUGUCGUUACCCGAUGUUUCAGGCUCCAGAUACUUUCUUCUUUUCUGUUUCUGCGCGUACACUGUUUUAAAAGCUGGAGAUCCAUCCUCGUCCUUCAAGAACAACCAGGAGGCCGUCGAGGACUGUGGCUUUAAAUGAAUGAAUGCGUUACAGUUCACAUUUCGGUCCCUCAGUAUUAUAAAGUGUUUUUUUGGGCCGUCGCUGUUUUUCUUUUUUCACACGAGGAUCGUUUUUUGUUUUUUUAUUUUCUUUUGCUGGUUUUCUCGACACAAUGUUAUCGCACUUUUACCCGAGGUCGCCCACAGACGGGUGAAACAGCCUCGCCUCCUGUUACAGUCAUUGUUGAGAUUAUCCUAUUCUUCUGGAGGGUACGUUUCAGGUUUUUAUUUUAAAGUAUUACAAGAUACGUGUUUUUUUUUUUUUAAACAAACUUUUUUAUAGUCAGGUACGAGUUUUUUGUUUUUUUACAUUUUUAUCUAGAUUGUAUAUUUAUUGUAGACUAAUAUUCAUGUUGUAGGUGGAGUUUUGCUGAUCCUUAAACACAGUGACGAUGGAUUUGUAGCUGGAACACGAUGAUGUAUUUUUACAUGAAAAGAACAAAAACUUUUAUUGAAACGACGCGUUCAUUUUGGAUUUGUUGUUCAGGUUGUAAUGAUAAAAUACUAUUUUAUUCAA